AUGGCUUCUAUGGACACUGAAAGAGCCUCAUCAUCUUCUUCUUUCACACCUUGUUGGACAUAUGAUGUAUUCCUCAGUUUUAGAGGUGAGGAUACACGCAAUGGUUUUACAGACCAUUUAUAUUUUGCUUUGAAACAAAAAGGCAUUUUUACCUUUAGAGAUGAUGAAAAACUUGAGAGAGGAAAAUCAAUUUCACCAAAGCUCUUGAAAGCAAUUGAAGAAUCCAGAUUUGCUAUUGUCAUUCUCUCAAGAAACUAUGCAUCUUCAAUAUGGUGCCUAGAUGAACUUGCAAAGAUCAUUAAAUGCAUGAAAGAGACUGGAAUGACAAUUCUACCUAUUUUUUAUAAAGUGGAUCCAUCAGAUGUACGAAAGCAGACAGGAACUUUUGCAGAAGCUUUUGUUAAACACAAAAAGGAGAACAAAAAGAAGGUGCAGAAAUGGAGAGCUACUUUGAGAGAAGUGGCUAAUUUCUCAGGGUGGCAUUUGCAGGAUGGGCCAGAAUCAAAAAUUAUCCAAAACAUUGUGGGAGAGCUAUGGCAUAAAUUGACUUAUGCAUACUCAAAAGAUAUCAAAGACCAAGUAGGAAUAAUUUCUCGAGCGGAGAAAUUGAAGUCAUGUUUGACUAUGGGAUUAAAUGAUGUUCGUAUUAUAGGGGUUUGGGGAAUGGGGGGAAUUGGUAAAACAACUCUUGCUAGAGUUGUUUUUCAUAUGGUUUCUAAUAAAUUUGAAGGUUGUUGUUUUCUUGCAAAUGUUAGGGAAGUUUAUGAAAAAGAGGGUUUAGUGCGAUUAAAAGAACAAUUUAUUCUUCAAAUUUUCAAUGAAAGUAUGAGUAUACAAGAUGUUUGUCAUGGAGUUUCAGUGAUCCAGAAUAGGUUACGUCAUAAAAGAAUUCUUCUCGUUCUUGAUGAUGUAAACCAAUUAGACCAAAUAAAUAAGUUAGCUGAGAAGCGUAUUUGGUUUGGUUCAAGUAGUAGAGUUAUCAUAACAACAAGGGAUAGACAUUUACUAGAAAUACUUGAAGUAGAAGAAAUAUUUGACGUUGAAGGAUUGAAUUAUAAUGAAGCUCUUCAUCUUUUGAGUUUGAAAGCUUUUAAAAAAGUCCAUCCUCCCAAGGAUUAUAUAGAGGUAUCCAAAGAUAUUGUGUAUUAUGCUAAUGGUCUUCCUUUAGCGAUUGAGAUUUUGGGUUCUUUUUUGUUCGGUAGAAGUAUUGAUAAAUGGAAAAGUACAUUAAAUAAGCUUAAAGAAUUUCCUAAUAAUGAAAUCCUCAAAGUACUUAAAAUAAGUUUUGAUGGACUUGAUGAGGUAGAGAAGGAAAUAUUCCUACACAUUGCGUGUUUCUUUAAUCAUAAGAUCAAAAAUGAUGUAGUAAAAAUACUAGCUUAUCUUCACCUUUCCCCUAAUGUUGGAAUGGAGGUUCUUGUUGAGAAAUCUCUCAUAAAAGUUCGUGGCAAUAGAUUGUGGAUGCAUGAUUUACUACAACAAAUGGGUAGGGAUAUAGUUUACCAAGAGUGCCCUAAAGAACCUGGAAAGCGUAGCAGACUAUGGUCAUUUCGGGACAUUAACAAUGUACUCACAAAUAAUAAGGGAACAGAGGCAGUUCAAGGCAUAGUAUUAGAAUUUUAUGUACCAGAAAUGGUAGAUUGGAAUCCCGAAGCCUUUGCAAAGCUGCAAUAUCUAAAAUUGCUCAAAAUUUGUGGCGUUCAUCUUACGAAUGAUCUUAAACAUCUUCCCAAUAGCUUAAGAUUUCUUGAUUGGAAAGGGUACCCUUUGAAAUCGUUGCCAUCAAGUUUCCAAUCAAAUGAGCUUGUUGAACUUUGCAUGUGUUGUAGCUACAUUGAACGACUUUGGAAAGGAAAAAAGAGUUUUGAAAUGUUGAAAUUUAUCAAGCUAACAAAAUCUCAAAAACUUAUUGAAACCCCAAACAUCAUUAAAGUCCCAAAUCUUAUGACAUUGGUUCUUGAAGAUUGUAUAAAUUUACGUACGAUUCACCCGUCAAUUGGAAUUCAUAAAAUGCUUACUAUUCUUAAUUUAGAAGGAUGCAAGAACCUCACAAGCCUUCCAAACAAGUUUGAAAUGGAUCGUCUCACGUAUCUUAAUCUUUCCAGAUGCUCAAAAAUAAAACAAAUUCCAGAAUUCGGGAGAAACAUGAAACGUGUACACACACUUCUCUUGGGUGGUACUGCAAUUACAAAACUACCCACAUCAAUUGAGCAUUUGACUAAUCUUGAUUCAUUGAGUUUAUGGGAUUGCAAAAAUCUUGUGUGUUUACCUAGCACCAUUUGUAAUUUGAAGUUGGUUAGAUUAGUCGAUCUUUACGGAUGCUCAAAACUAAAUAGACUGCCAGAGAACCUAGGGAAUGCCGAAAGUGUAGAGCGGUUGUACGUGAGUAGAACUGCUAUAAGAAAGGUCCCUUCUUCCAUUGGUCUCUUAAAGAAUCUUAAAACACUGUCUUUCAAUGAAUGUAAGGGGUUAUCAUCAUCAUCAUCAUCUAAUAAAUUGUGGAAUGAGCUCCUCCCUUUUUAUUCAAUGCCAAGAAGUCCUGAUCCCAUGGAUGUGCUAUUCUCUUCUUUAUUAGGUGCAUGUUCUUUGACCGGCUUGAACUUAAGCAAUUGCAAUCUCAAGGUAAUAUCUGAUGAUAUUGGUUCCUUAUUCUCUUUAGAACUUUUGGAUCUAAGUGGAAAUGAUUUUGUUUGCCUUCCGGAAAGCAUCAUUCAACUUUCGAAUUUGAAAUGGGUGGUGUUGGAUAAUUGCACUAGUCUUCGAUCGUUGCCAAAGCUUCCAUUGAAUAUUGAAUCCAUUUAUGCCGAAGGUUGUGUUUCACUGCAAAUGUUACCAGAUCAAUUAAAAUCAAGAGAUUUAUUGGAACCAUCUCUCUUUCUUCACAAUUGCUUUAAAUUGGCUGACAAUCAAAGCUGCAUAGAUUGGUUUAUCUUAGGGAUAAAAAAGUCCCUUAAGAUCUCUCUCUCUCCCACUGAGAAAUAUGAGAUUGUUAUUCCAGGAAGUGAAAUGCUAGAGUGGUUUAGGCACCAAAGCAUAGGGGCUGAAGUGAAUAUAAAACAACCUUCUCAUUUGUAUAAUGAGUGGAUGGGAAUUGUUGUUUGCAUUGUGUUUUGUUCACAUGAUGUUGAUCACCAAAUCAGUUGCUUAAUUCCCCUGUACUGUUCAUUGACAGCCAAUGGAAAAAGAAUGUCUCCUGCACUAGGCAGUAGCUUAAUUCCUAAGGUUUUACCAGAUCACCUUUGGCUACUCUAUGUAACUCCUCAAUUCUUCGAUGAGAAAUCAAAUAAAUUAUUGUCUGAAAGUGAUGCGAAUGGAUUCACUCAGAUUGGAAUAAAAAUUGAAACAGGAGGUCCAGGUGAGGAGGUUAAAAAAUGCGGGUUUAGUAUGAUAUACAAUAAAGACAUAGAAGAUCUCGACCGAACAAUGGCCCAGCAUAGCAACAGUAGCAUCUCUCCUUAUGAGAGCAUGGCUAUGAUAGUGGAAUGUAACAAAGCCAAACGAAGUUGUGAUGAUUACGAUGGGGCUGGACUUAGUGGAGAAGGAAGCUCUAAUGACUUAUCAAACCCAAAAAGGAUUAAAAGGCACACAGAAACCCAUGGUAACUCUGAUUGUGAGGAGUUAAGUGAGUACAAGGACUGUGAUGAGGAGUUAAGCGAUUGGGACGAAUCUAAUGAAAGUAACCCGGAUGGUUAA